AAAUAAAAAAGUUUAAGUAGAUUAAAAGUAGCUUCCAACACUGGAAAUUCAAUACCUAUUGUUGCUUAGUAUUUCACCAGCUCUUUGUUACUCAGUGAGAAAAUGAAUUUGUGAUUUCAGAAAAAAUUCAAGAUAUUGUCAGAAAUGAUAAAGAUUGGCAUUCAUCAACUUGUUGUGUUUUGGAGUAUGCCUAAUACUGUAUUAAUGAAGAUGGUUUACCCUGUGAAUUGUGAGAAAUCCAGCUUAGGAAAUCCUUUAGAUGCUAAUUUUAAAUGGAAUUGUUCUGAUCACCCCAAUCUGGGAGAAAAUUGUGGAUUAGGAUGCUCAAAGAACCUAAUUCCAUUUAAAGAUUUCAACACAAUCUGCACACCAGAAGGAUGGAAACCUAACCCAGUAGUGGAAAGAGAUCUGAUAUGUGUUGAAGAUGUUUGCCCAAAUUUGCACAAUGAAACUGUUGAGUAUGGAAAAUGGUCUUGCAAUCCUCCGGUUCAGGCUUCAUGUGCUGAAAAGAAAGUUGGGAGCUUGUGCAUGUUAAAUUGUGAAAAUGGCUUCAAGCCAUCCAGAGGACAAUACACUGUCUGUACAGAUCAAGGAUGGACACCGGGUUAUAUAAACCUUGGCUGCUUCAAAUGUCCAACUCCUAAAAAGCCACUCAAUGGACAAUGGAUCUGUGGACACAAGCAGGAUUCAGAAAUGUGUCUGCUAAAGUGCAACGCAGGUUAUAGGUCUUCAGCCCCUGGAAUAAUUGUUUGCAAUGGAGGCUCAUUUGAUGUUAGUCCUGAGGAACUAACUUGUGAUCAAACAAGAGAACAUGUAAAAGCAGUCAAAAUGCUUGAGAAACCCUAUCCACCCAAGAGAGACAACUUGAAAUGUGCAAAGCUUAAAAAUCCAGAAAAUGGGCGAUGGCUGUUUCACUCACAGUCAGAAUAUUAUCUUGUUUGCGAUGAUGGUUACGAUUUGUCUAGUCCUGUUUCUAUUAGGUGUAAAUCUGGUCUGUGGUGUUCAGAACAGCUGGGAAUAACCUGCCAGCUUGAGAUUGAGUCAGAUCAUGAGAUAGAAGAGGCCAAUAGAUUGCAAAAAGAUAAUGAGGAUUGUGAUGAUAAGACUCCAGCACUCCUCCUUGCACCAGUGAUGGUCCCUGUUGAAGAUGCUUCAGAUUACAGUUAUAAAUGGCCGUAUGGAAUAAAAGUAUUUGCUGUACCUGAAUCUCAUGGGACGGGAAGCUUAAAACCCUUAGAAGUUCCAAAGCAAAUCCAGGAAGAAAAUGACGAUUUUACGGAUCACGAUAAAACAAAAAUAAGCUCAUCACAUAAAACUAUGAAAAAAAUGGGGAAUCCUUACAAUACCAUAACUUCUAACAGUUCUAUAUCCACAGACCUAAGUGUAUCUAAUGAUUUAAAUAAUUCAACAACUACUAUGACCUACACUUCAUCAGACCCAGUCAAGAAGUCAACAGUUUCUUCACCACUCUCAGAACCAUUAGAAAAUGUAGAAAAUUUAUCAACUAAUAGGUCAAAGACUUCAGGAUAUGUGACCUUGCAAAUAGUAAUUUCUAAAACUUCAUCAAUGGCAACAUCUAAUAAUGAAGAGUCAGAAAUUCAAGCUAGCUCAACCACACAACUAACGUCACUAUCUAGUCUGGAGGGUGACUUAUUAUUUUCUUCAACUCAAAUAGAAUCAACAACUGUUGCUGACAAUGAAGAUGUGAACAUUUCUACUGAACUUGGUAAAAUUUUAAAUACAACCAUGAUAAACUUUAUUGCUAAUGAGACAGAGUCCUUUUUCAAAACUACAGGAGAAUUCAGUUCCAGUAAUAUUGAACCUAAUGAUAAUAAAGCAAGAUCAAAAUACAGUUUGGACAAUUUGGAUUUAAAAGAUAACCAAACUGCUCAGGGAAACAGUUCUAGAAAUGAAGAGCCAUCCAGUAGUCAAAAUUCAACAAAUGGUAUGCCAGGCUAUGGCUUUGAAGUAAAAAAACAAUCUAAUGGUUCCAGUUUGAAGAUGAUAUCUGAAAACCGGACCUUUCUCACUACAGCAGACAAAAGUUCUGAUUUAAAAACAAAUUUAGAUGACUUAACCACAACAGAGUUUAGUUCUGGAGAGACUAAGCUAUCAAGUGAUCAUGCACCAAAACUGAAAGUGUAUGGUUCAGGAGAGACUGAAUCAUUUGGUGAUUUAACUUCACCAGAAUAUGGAUCUGGAGAGACAGAGUCAUCCAGUGAUGUGACUUCAUCAGAAUAUGGUUCUGAAGAAACCAAAUCAUCCAGUGAUGUAACUUCACCAAAGUAUGGUUCUGGAGAGACAGAGCCAUCCAGUAAUGUAACUUCACCUAAAUUUGGUUCUGGAGAGUCAAUUUCUUCCAGUAAUGUGACUCCAAAGAAAUUUGGUACUGGAGAGACCAAAUCAUCCAGUGAUUUAACUUCAAUGAAAUAUGGUUCUGGAGAGACCAAGCCAUCUAGUGAUGAAACUUCACCAAAAAAUGUUUCUAGAGAUACUGAGUCAUCCAGUGAUGUGACUUCACCAAAUUAUGGUUCUGGAGAGACUGAGUCAUCCAGUAAUGUAAAUUCCCCAGUAAAUGUUUCUGAAGAGACCAAGUCAUCACAUGAAGUAACUUCACCCAUAUAUGGGCCUGCAGAGAACAAGACAGCCAGUGAUGUUAUUUCGCCAAAUUUUGGUUCUGGAGAAACUGAAUCAUCGUUGAAAUAUGAUUCUGGAGUAACCAAGCCAUCCAGCAAUGGAACUUCACCAGAAUAUAAUUCUGAAGAGAUGAAGUCAUCCAGUGCUCUAACUUCACCAGACAUUGUACUUGAAGAGACUAAGUCAUUCAGUGAUGUUACUUCACCAAAAUUUGGUUUUUCUGGAGAGUACAAGACAUCCAGUGAUGUUAUUUCUCCAAACUUUGGUUCUGGAGAGACUGUAUCAUCUCGUGAUGUAACUUUACCAGAAUAUGGUUCUGUAGUUAAUGAGUCAUCCAGUGAUGUAUUUUCACCAAAGUAUGGUUCUGGAGAGACUGAGUCAUCCAGUGAUGUAACUUCACCAGAAUAUGGUUCUGGAGAGACUGAGUCGUUAAGUGAUGUAACUUCACCAAAAUAUGGUGCUGGAGAGACUAAGUUGUCCAGUGAUCAGACUUCACCCAGAAAUGAUUCUGGAGAUACUGAGUCAUCCAGUGAUGUAACUUCACCAGAAUAUGGUUCUGUAGUGACUGAGUUAUCCAGGGAUGUAACUUCACCAAAGUAUGGAACUGGAGAGACAAAGUCAUCCAGUGAUGUAAAUUCUCAUAAAUAUGCUACUGAAGAUACAAAGUCAUCUAGUAAUAUAACUGGAGUCCCUCAGUCAUCUGCUGAUGUUUCUUCACCUGAUUAUGGUUCUAAAUUGACUGAGUUAUCCAGUGAUGUAACUUCACCAAAAUAUAGUUCUGUAGAAAACAAGUCAUCCAGUGAUUUGACUUCACUAGAAUAUGGUUCUGGAGAGACUGAGUUAUACAGUGAUGUAACUCCACAAAAAUAUGGCUCUGGAGAGACAAAGUCAUCUAGCGGUGUAACAACUAAUCAAAAAUACAUUUAUGGGAAGACAGUAUCACCUGAAGAAAGCUUUUCACCAUGGCAUUUCAGUUCUGGGGAAGCACACUCACCCUAUAUUACUAAUACAUUUAAAUCAAUAUCUAGUUCCCAGGAAAGAGGCUUACCAGGUAGUUCAACUGAAACGUUGUCAAAAACUUUUCCUGAUACAUCUGAAAGUUCAACUAAAGCAUCAACACAUACAGAGAGCUUUUUGCCAAGUCAUUUCAGCUCUGAAGAUAUUGGAGAGAUGGAGUCAUCCAGUGAUGUAGAUUCACUGGAAUAUGGUUCUGGAGAGACUAAGUCAUCUAGUGAUGUAACUUUACCAAAAUAUGGUUCUGGAGAGACUAAAUUGUCCAGUGAUGUGACUUCACCCAGAUAUGGUUCACAUGAUACUGAGUUAUCCGGUGAUAUAUCUUCACCAGAAUUUGGUUCUGGAGAGACAAAAUCAUCCAGUGAUGUAACAACUAAUCAAGAAUAUAUUUCUGGGAAGACUGAGUCUUUAGGUAGUUCAACAGCCGCACCUGCAGAAAGCUUUUCACCAAGGCAUUUCAGUUCUGGGGAAGAACACUCAUCAGAUAUCCCUACUACAUAUAAAUUAAUAUCUGAACUCAGUUCCCAGGAAACAGGCCUACCUGGUGGUUCAACUGAAACUUUAUCAAAACACAUUGUUUAUUCUAGUGAUACAUCUAAAAGUUCAACUAAAGCAGUAGCACAUGCAGAAAGCUUGUUGCCAACUAAUUUUAGUUCUAGAGAUAUUAAGUCAUCAGAUAUCUCAACUACAUCCAAAAAAAGCUCUGAGCCGACAGGUAUAUCCAGCAGCUUAACUGAGAGCAAUGCAGUCCCCACAGAGAGCUUUUCACCAAGCUAUUUUAGUUCUGGAGAAACUCAAUCAUCUAAUAGCUCAACUGCACCUUUUUUAAACUCUGACCUCAGUUCUAAGAUAAUUGAUUCAACAAAAAGAUCAACUGAGAUCUCAACUGCAGCCUUAAUGGAUGGUUCUGAUGAGUCAAUUUUGAACAAAACUGUACCUAAAGCUAGUUUUUUAUCAAGAAGUUUUAGCUCUGGUCAGGUAUAUUCUUCUGAUAGUUCAACUACAUCUGAAUUGAACUUAGGUCUCAGUUCUGGAGAGACACAUUCACCUACAAACCUAACUGAGAGUUAUGGUUCUAAAAGCUCAACUGAAAAUGGUCUCCCAACAAGAUUUUACCCAGGGGGGAAUGACACCUCAUCUACAGAAGUGACUGAUAUGUCUACAACUUUCACAAAAACAGUACCUGCAGCUAGCUUUUCACCCAAACUGUUUAGCUCUGGUGAGGUACAAUCUUCUGAUAGUUCAACUACAUCUGAACUGAACUCAGGCCUCAGUUCUGGGGAGACACUCUCACCUACAAGUUUAACUGAGAGCUCAAGUGCAGUAGAGUAUGUUUCUAAAAGCUCAACUGAAAAUGGUCUCACAACAAGCUUUUACCUAGGGGCGGCUGAGAGCUCAUCUACAGAAGUGACUGAUAUGUCUACAACUUUGACAAAAACAGUACCUGCAGCUAGCUUUUCACCCAAACUGUUUAGCUCUGGUGAGGUACAAUCUUCUGAUAGUUCAACUACAUCUGAACUGAACUCAGGCCUCAGUUCUGGGGAGACACUCUCACCUACAAGCUUAACUGAGAGCUCAAGUGUAGUAGAGUAUGUUUCUAAAAGCUCAACUGAAAAUGGUCUCACAACAAGCUUUAACCUAGGGGGGACUGAGAGCUCAUCUACGGAAGUGACUUUCACAAAAACAGUACCUGCAGCUAGCUUUUCACCAAAACUUUUUAGGUCUGGUGAGGAACAAUCUUCUGAUAGUUCAACUACAUCUGAACGGAACUAUGGCCUCAGUUCUGGGGAGACACCCUCACCUUUAAGCUUAACUGAAAGUACAUCUGCAUCAAUGUAUGGUUUAAAUAGCACCAUUAAUGAUUUGUCAACAACAAGCUUCCAUUCAGGGGGGACAGAGAGCACAUCUACAGAAUUGAGUGGGAUUUCUACAAUUUUGAUCAAAACAGUACCUGUGAAAAGCUUUUCACCAAGGAUAUUUAGCUCUGGUGAAGUACAAUCUUCUGAUAGUUUAACUACGUCUGAAUUAAACUUGGGCCUUAGUUCUGAGGGGACAGACUCACCUACAACUCUAACUGAAAGCUCAACUCCAAUGAUAUAUGGUUUCAACCACUCAAAGGAUGAUUUUUCAACAACAAGCUUCCAUUUAUUGGGAAAUAAGAACUCAUCUGCAGAAGUAAAUGGGAUUUCUACAAUGUCUUCCAAAGAAGCACCUCCAGAGAGUUUUUCUGCAAUGCAUUUCACUUCUGGUAAAGCACUAUCAUCUGAUGGUUCAACAACAAUGGAACCAAGUUCUGUGAUACCCUUUAAAGCUGAUAGCUCAACUCUGAAAACAGAAAGUAAAAGCCCACCAUAUUCAAAUAGCCAGGACCAAGGCUCAACAAUUAGCUUUAAUGCAACUAUUUUUAAUAGAAACAAAAUAGAUUUAUUCAGUAACCCUGAAACUAAUGUAUCUAAUAGUGAAGAAGCAAAAUUAUUAUCUACUACAAGUACAUCAGCAACUUAUUCUAAUUCUGGAGGUUUAGAAACAUUAACCAUUUCCACAACACAGGAACUGAGUAAGAAAGGUACAAAAUUUUAUGAGGCAUCAUUUAGUCCUUUGGAACUAAACUUGACAAAACCAACAUUUUCCAGUUCUGUAUCAACUGAACGUUAUAGUACCACAGCAUCAAGUAGUGGAAGAGAAGGGACUGAGUCUUCAUCAAGCUUUUUCAGCACAGAACAGAUAGGUUUCAACAGCAAAGAUGAAUACCAGGCAAAUGACUACAAAUUAGAUAGCACAAAGAAUAAGACAACAACUGCACAGGAAUCCACUGAUGAUAUUCAGGGUGAGCCUAAAAGUCUGCUUACAACAACUGCUUCAACAUUUUCUGAAAGUUCAGACUUAGGACUUGCAUUUCGAAAUGAUGUUGAUGUUUCUGAAGGUCAAACAUCAACAGUAUCUAGUAUGAAUGACUCAGAAUUAACUGAUAACCCAUCUAUUCUUGUUUCUAAUAGCUUAGAAUUGGAAUUUUCGAAUAGCAACAACACUUCUGAAAAACAGGAACAAUCAGAUGAUAUAAAAGUGGAAGAUGGCUUAAAUUCUGGAUUUGAAUCAUUUUUGAGCUCAACUACAAAAAAUGGGUUAGUUGAAAAUAUCAAAAAUAAAUCAACACAGUCAAGAAAAAAUGAUAAAAAACGAAAAAAAUUCAAAAAAAUGACUUUUGCUUUAACCAACAUUUCAACAUUUCAAACUGAGCUUAACUUAGAUACCCCCGACUCAGAAUCAAAUAAGCUAGAGUUAGUAUCAAACUCAAUUACGAUUCCGCCUUUAACAAUGCUCCAGACAUCCACAUUAUCUGCGGAUAUUAAUGAAAAUGUUUCUGAUCCUCAGCCAGUUAAUGAAUCCAUUGUGACAGAAGAGAAAUAUUUAACAAUUGACAAAACAUUUAUAAUUUCCGAUUUAAAUCUUACAAAUAAAAUUUUAAACAAUUUUGAGGUUGAAAAUAAAACUUUUAAUCAAGUUUAUGAUAUAAAUGAAAUUGAUGAUUAUGAUGGCCUAGAAGACACACCAUUCAAAGUCAUAAAAUUAAUUAGCACAAUCUAUGAGAAUGGAACAGUGAAAAAAAGUCUUAAUGAAACAACAUUUGCAGACAAUAAGGGAAAACCAACCAAAAAUCAUGAUGAAAAUAGAACUGUUAAAUUAAUGAAAGUAGAUUCGUACAUUCUUGAUAAUGGGACUAAUUUACUCAAUAUGUCAGAAGCAAGGCUAGUGGCAAACCAAACUCAAAUUGAUGAAUAUAAUAGGCUUUUAAACAGUCCUGCACCAAACUCAACAACAAUAAACAAAGUCAAGACUAAGACAGAAGUCUCCCCACAAGGGACUAAGGUAGUCAAAACAGUUGACAAACUAAAUAUAACAGAUUUAAACAAUUAUACAACAGUCCUACCAGAAGGAAUUGAAACAAAUUUGCCAACAAUAUCAACAUUUGAUGCAAACAAUACAGAGAAAGUUGCUCAAAAUUGUCUUGGAACUCCUGUAGCAGUUUCAGGCUUAGAGUAUAACUGUCAUCCUUCUAUUCCACCUUACAGUGAGUGUGAAUUGAAAUGUGCAGAUGGGUUUGGUCCUACACAAAACAAAAUCAUCUGUGAUACACAGAGAGAACCCUCAUGGAUACUUGAAACUAAGAUUGAAUGCUUGGAAUGCAACAAAAAUGCUGCAAAAAAGAAUGAGAAAUGUCAAUGUGAAGUUGGAUUUGCUGGGGAUGGUAUUGGAUGUGGAAAGGACUCUGAUCUUGAUGGAUACCCGGAUGAAGCUGUACCAAACUGUAAUGACACAUUUUGCGCAAAAGACAACUGCCAAACUAUAGUUAAUCCAGAUCAAUUAGAUACUGAUGGAGAUGGCCAAGGAAAUGCAUGUGAUCAAGAUCAGGAUAAUGAUGGAAUAUCUGAUAAAGGACAGGGAACUCUAAAAUGUAAAGAAAAUGAAGUAGAAAGACUGAUGAAAUUCUUAGAGAAUUUCAAAAUAAAUGCUCUCUUGAAACCAAUUGAACAAGAGAACCUUGACAUGGACAAUGUCAAAGAAGCAAGAAAGAGACAGCUGAAUUGCAAUUCUAAAAUGGAAAAUCCAGACAACUGCCCUAUUACUAAAAAUCCAAAUCAGGAAGACAAGGAUGAAGAUCAAGUUGGCGAUGCUUGUGACAAUUGUCCAGAUGUAUUUAACAUGUUUCAAGAAGACAAUGACGAAGAUGGCAUUGGAGAUGCAUGUGAUGAUGACAAUGAUGGAGACGGUGUAAAAAAUGAACAGGAUAAUUGUCCUAUGGUUUUCAAUUCUGACCAGAAAGAUCAAGAUGGAGAUGGUUUUGGAGACUUGUGUGAUAAUUGUGUCCUUGUUAGUAAUUGGAACCAGACAGACAUAAAACAAACUGGAGUAGGAGAUGCUUGCCAAACAGGAGAAGACUUAGACGGGGAUGGAUUGUAUGCAACAGAUAACUGCAAAGAUGUUGCAAAUAUAAAUCAGCUUGACACAGACAAGGAUGGUAAAGGAGAUGCAUGUGACCCAGAUAUUGAUAAUGAUGGAAUAUUGAAUGAAAAUGACAAUUGCAUUUUUGUUGCUAAUACUGAUCAGAUUUCUUCAGAAACAAAUCCUGAACUAGGAAAAUCUUGUGAGCUGGACAGAGAUGGGGACGGAGUACCAGACAACUUAGAUGCUUGCCCGUUUAAUCGAGAUAUAGCCAAACAAGACUUCUAUAAGAGGAAUAUAAAAACCAUGAAUCUAUGCACAUUAGCACAAUCUGCUGGCCUCUCUGGAUUGAACAUGUGCAAUAAGCCAGAUCCACAAUGGGAAGACAGAAAGAAUGGAACUGAACUCUUUCAAGCCAUUAAUAGUAGGCCUGGUAUAGCAGUCAAUAAUAAAAAUGUCUUUCAAGAUGUUGAGUACAACGGUACACUUUAUGUUCAAGAUACAACAGAUGAUGAUUGGGUUGGUUUUCUGUUUGGAUUUCAAGAUGUCUUUAACUUUUACAUAGUUAUUGCUAAUAAACAUCCAAAAGGAAAAGGGUUUACAUAA